AUGAGAGUUUCAGCACUCUGGACAGCGCUGGUCUUGCUUCUGAUUCAAGGCACCGCGAGAGCCUGCACAGUCAAGAAACUGAGCAAUAAUACCGGACGCUUUGCCAAUGCCACCUUGGUACGUCUCUCCGAAUACUUGAGUGCUGGGUACAAGAAGGGUGUGCGACCCGUGCGUAACUGGCGAAAUUGCACAAUGGUGGCCAUCGACCUUAUGGUGUACUCUAUCCUCAGUGUGGAUGAGAAGAACCAGGUUCUGACAACAUAUAUAUGGUACAGGCAGGAAUGGACAGACGAAUUCUUGGUAUGGAACCCAGAGGACUUUGAUGAUGUGAAUCAAAUGUCCAUACCGACUGCGAAUGUGUGGGUGCCUGACAUACUAAUCAACGAGUUUGUGGAUGUGGGGAAGUCUCCGGACAUUCCCUAUGUGUACGUGACCCAUUAUGGACUAGUGCGCAACUACAAGCCUAUCCAGGUGGUGACCGCCUGCACUCUCAACAUCUACAACUUCCCCUUCGACGUCCAGAACUGCAGCCUGACCUUUCAGAGCUGGCUCCAUACCCUUAAUGACAUUGAUCUCAAACUGAUGAGGAGCGCAGAGGAACUCAAGGUGGACAAGAGUGUCUUCAUGAACCAGGGGGAGUGGGAGCUGCUACAUGUCCUGUCUAAAUACAAGCGCUUCAGUCUGGACAACAUUGACUCCUAUGCAGAGAUGAAGUUCAAUGUGGUGAUCCGACGCAGACCUCUGUUCUACACUGUGAACCUGCUGCUGCCCAGCAUCUUCCUGAUGGUGAUGGACCUGGUGGGCUUCUAUCUCCCUCCGGACAGUGGAGAGAGGGUGUCCUUCAAGAUCACACUGCUUCUGGGCUACUCCGUCUUCCUCAUCAUUGUCUCUGACACGCUGCCCGCCACCGCCAUCGGGACGCCGCUCAUAGGUGUAUACUUUGUAGUGUGCAUGGCCCUGUUGGUGAUCAGCCUGACAGAGACGGUGUUGAUAGUGCGACUGGUGCAUAAGCAGGACCUGCAGCCCCACGUACCCCAGUGGCUCAAACACUUGGUACUGGAGCGGGCCACAGUCCUCCUCUGCAUCCGCAACAAACACAGCCUGUGCUCCAUGCUGUCCAGGGACUCCGACCAUCUGGGCCACUACAAAGAGAACAACAUCAGCCCAGCUCGAUGCAACCACCACCACCACCUUCACCACACCUGUGAGAGCGGCCGUGGUGGCGGGGACAUCAUGGAGCGGGGUCUGGGGGGCCUGUCUGUGGUGCGUGACAACACGCCGCCCGUCAUGGACAACAUCCUGCAGGAAAUCUCAUCUAUCCGCGGCUUCCUGGAGAAGAGGGACGAGUCCCGGGACAUCGCCAAGGAGUGGCUGCAGGUGGGCUACGUGCUGGACGUGCUGCUCUUCAGGGUCUACCUGGUGGCCAUGCUGGCCUACAGCAUCACCCUGGGGACCCUCUGGUCCGUGUGGCAGUAUGCCUGA